GGAUAAAGUCAUCAUCAUGUGGUCGUUUUGGAUUUGAAGGGUCGUUUCUUGAAAACAGUGUAUUUUAAGUGAAACUUGAAAACAGCAACAAAUCGCGAUCACCUUAAGCAACUACAAGGAUGAACGAAACCCAAAACAUUGCCAACUAUUCAAGCAACUCUUCGAGCCAGUCGCCUCCUGCAGAUGAUGCCGGGUCACUUAAUUCAGACGAUGCAACCUGGAUUUUAACAAGCGCGUUCAUCAUUUUUACAAUGCAAUCAGGGUUUGGACUUGUAGAAUCCGGUAAGAUCAGCUCUAGAGUUCUUUUUAAACUUUGAAAACUAUGAAUGCAUUGGAAAGUUUAAGAUUUAUUAAGGUGGGUUUUUUUAAAGCGUUUGACAUCGGGGCAGGUCUGAAAGAAAAAGGAGUAUCUAACAACAAAGAUUUAAUUAGGUAAAUCAUCUUGUUGCGUCAAAGCGCCGGAUUGCAGACAAGCAUAAAGGAAUUUUAUUUUAAAAUAUCUUAAAACUUUAGAAGUUAAAAGCUUAAAAUUAUUAAAGAACAUGAACGAGUGAUACAUCAACGAAUGAUCAAACUAGUUAAAUUAACUACUAAAAAAAAUUUAAAAUAUUGGGUAUUCUCCCUAAAAUUCGUCGAUGUUUUUUUUUUUCACUUCAUGGCGUGUUAAAAAAAAUGUUUCGAGAUUAAGAUUGUUUACUUUAAUUCCUAAAUAGGUAUGCAGUGGUGAAUUUGUGGUAAAUAUCUGUAAACUUGCGCUCCUUUUUACUUCUCCGUGACGUGUAAGGAGCUAGCAGAAAAAAAUUUAAGCUUAAAUUAAUUUCUAUUGAGAUUGGAAUCAUUCUUUAUUCAAUCUUUAGGUCUAGUUUCCAAGAAAAACGAAGUCAAUAUUAUGGUAAAAAAUGCUAUUGACGUCAUAUAUGGCGGCCUUUCCUAUUGGUUGUAUGGAUUUGCCUUCAGUUUUGGUCUAGAAAAGGGAACCAAUGGAUUUUGUGGAAUAGGUAAGAUAAGCUGAUAAUGAACUGCCAUUAUAAAACUGCAAAUAAAAUAGUAUAGCAUUUAUUUGCUUCUAUGUUAUUCUCGAUAAUCUACAGCAUCUUUUUCUUUGGCAAAAGAGAGUUUCUUCCAUAUCCUUAACUUUAUGUUUAUUACCCUUCUCUUGGUAACCAACCUAAGGCUAUAUACACACACUCAGAUACCGGAUAGAUUUUGCGCAUGCGCGAAAACCAUACCAGAUAGGGCAUCUGUUCACACACAAGAACGGUGAUUUUGGCGGGAAGCUGCGCCACGCCGAUCUCUUAAGGUGACGUUACACGGGACGAUACGCAACGACGAUUUUAGCAUAACACAGUGCUGCAAUGUUGGAACAAUGUUGCAACGAUUCGAAACAACGUUGCAACAAUGUUGCAACCCUGUGUUGCCCUAAAAAUCGUCGUUGCGAAUCGUCUUGUGGAACAUCACCUUUAAGUGGAGAGUCACAUAUCGGAUAGAUGUUCCUUAUUUUCCUCAUAGCUUUUCGUGUCGGCACGAAAUCUAUCUGGUAUAGUGUGAACAUAAACUAAGAUAAAAAAUAAAACAUUGGGACUGUUCGCAGGUUUUCUGUAUUUCCAUCCUGACUGACAAAUAAGUUUUCGCAAAAAAAUCAUACGUUUUGGCAAUAUGAACUGAAAGUUCAGAUGUUGAAUACAAGUUACAGAAUAAAAGUUUGCCCGGAGGAAAAAACAGGAUGAAUCGUCUUUCUGUUCUGUGCUCAUUCAAUGUGUUUAUCUCAGGUUAUUUUGCAACAGAUGUGGAAGCUGAGGAGGGAGAUGUAUUCGCUUUGUACUUCUUUCAAAUGUCAUUCGCUACAACUGCCACCACGAUUGUAUCAGGCGCUAUGGCAGAAAGAACUCAUUUGCACGCUUAUACCAUCUUCUCUUUCACCAACACUAUUUCUUACGUUUUUCCUGCUCAUUGGAUCUGGGGAGAGAAAGGAUUUCUCAAGGAGAUGGGUGUUAUCGACUACGCAGGUAAAAAUUCCAAAAAUUGCAAGAGUCCCACACGGUUAAUUUUUUUGCAAAGUUGUCUCGACGUGUGGAAAGAAUGAUACGUAAAGACGGGCUCGGUAGCCAUGUGGUUUUUCUCCGAAGGCUACCUCUUUCCGAGUCAAGAGUCUCUUCUGAAGGCCAUUUCGAACCUUUUGAGUUUUAUACGCACAAGGAAGUAUUCCGGCCCAAACUAUCAAUUAGUUCUGGCUUGCAAGUAUUCGAUUACUGGCGCGCACGCUGACAUGUAAAACCUGGGAUGCGCGGUCUAGUCCAGUUCGUUCGGAGCCAGAGCCACUCGGCUUUAUUUGUAACGACCGAGUUCACGACCAAAAGAAACAAGAGGCUCUGGGGACGAGAAACGUUCGAAAAACGUUAGUACAGCGCAUAUUCGGUCUUCUCCAUGUUCUCAGAGCCUUCGUUUGUGCAACUAAGCUUAAAAUUAAAAAAAAACUGCGCUCUUAAAACGUGUGCGGCUUUAGGCAUCCACUUCUCGAUAAUGAUUGUGAAAGAUUCAAAUUUAUUAACUUACUUUCACUAAGCGGAUCAAACGAACUAUGCAGAUCAAACACAGUCUCAUACUCAGUGUCAUCCAAAUAGCUGCGAAAUAAUUUUAAUUGGCUAAUUUCAGGUUGUGCAGGUGUUCAUCUUGUUGGAGGAGUGGCUGGUUUGGUUGCUGCUAUGAUGCUGGGUCCCCGUCAGGGUACUUAUAACAAAUCAAUUAAGAAAAGCCAGCCUGGAUCACUCACAAAUGUCAUGCUGGGCACCUUUAUGCUGUGGUGGGGCUGGCUUGGGUUUAACUGUGGAAGUACAUUUGGAAUCAGUGGAGGUAUGCAGUAGGUCCAAGUUACACGAAGGCUAGAAUUAAAGCACGAAUCUAGUGUGGAAAUUUUAACGCACUAUUUGGAUUACUUUCGUCUUGAUAAGAGGAUUCUAACUGGACACCAGAGAAUUGAUUACCGCACUAUGUCAAUUUGAUUUUUUAGACUGACAAGGUGAACUCACGCUUUUCUGAUUUUCUAAAUGAAUUAUUUGCCUGAAAUCUCGACCCAGCAAAGUUAAUUGAUUGAUUUAUUAUAACAGGUUUAAAGUCUACUUUUUUGAAGGAAUAAACCAUUACUUGCCAAAGAACAGAAUACUGAAUAAAAACUUCUUUUACAAUAAAACUGCCAAUUAGCCGAUGCCUUUUUAUAUCUAAACAUAAGUCAUCUGACGGUGUAUUAUUAAUGAAGCUCAUGAAAGAGUGAGUGGAGCAUAUAUUGCAGUCAUAGUUUAAUCCCGUACAAAAGCAAGAGUUCAUAAUAUUAUGAUCUCUUGGUAGAAGCUAAUACUAAAUACUGAACAAUUCGAAAGCCAAAUUAAUUGGUGUAUUAAAAACAGGUCGCUUGUUUCCACAGCAAAAUGGCUGCUUGCCUCAAGGUCAGCGGUAGUGACUCUGAACGGCUCAAUCGGUGGAGGUUUACUGGGAGUGAUAUACAGCUUUGUGUACCGGAAGCGGAAGUUGGAUGUUGCUGUGUUUAUAACUGGUAUACUAGGAGGUUUAGUGGGUAUUACUGCUAUCUGCGCAAUGUGCAGGCCAUGGGAAGCUUUCUUGAUAGGAUUCAUUGGAGGGUUAACGGCUUGCGGUAGCUGCGACAUUAUUGACAGGUUUGUGUUGUUAUGGUAAUAUAAUAAUCCAGUCCAACCGCAGCGAAUAUUGCAAUAGACCAGGAGCCCAUAACCCGGAGAGAGCAACUUCCGUGCGCUUGUGUCACGGCGUUUCUACGGACCAGUUAUUUUCAGAACAGUUUUGGCUCAAAUUUUGAAUCUCUUUUAAAUUCAUAAAACUAGUCAGCAAAACGUACAGACCUAAAAAUCGUAUUUUUUGCCUUUUAAUUACGUUUAGUUUUCCAUUUUGAUAUUUUAUACUUCGAAUGUGCUCAUAGACAUGGUGGAGAUUCUAUUUUCGCGGUAAAAAGUGCCCUAAAAUGUGUCUAAAAAUAAACUGGUCCGUAAAAGCGUCGUGUGACACAGGCCUAGUAUGGGAGUUGCUCGCUCCGGGUUAUGGGCUCCUAAUAGCUUUAGCUUGUGUGUUAUGUUUUCCCAAUGAAGGUCUGAGGGGAAUUUGCCACUUUGUCUUUUCAUAAAUUAUGCGUACAUAUGCAUGCUAAUAAGACGAAUUUAAAAGAAACAGUUCUCUAAAGUAUUAUCACCCAACCGCCAUUGGCAAAACAAAACAUGCAGGUAAAGAGGUCUAUUCGCGAAUCGCACUUCUCCCAUAAUGCACCUUGCCUACCCCUCACCUCUCACCCCCCCCCCCCCCUAACAAAAAAAAUUCCAUAAGCAUUGUCCCCAAUUUUUCUUGUGAUGGCCGUAAUGCAAAAUUUGUCGAGCAAACAAGGUGUAUCCCGGGAGAUGUUCAAAUGGUGAAUGAUGAGAUAUAAACCUUAAUGCAAUAACAAUAUUAGGUACCAAGCGGCGGGGAGCUCGAGCAAAGAGAGACGGCUGUAUUCACAGGCCAUUCUCCCGUAGGAUAAGGAACACUGGCUCUAAAAUAAAACGAAAACUGUUUAUGUUAAUAAUACGCCCUGAACCUUUCCUUAGAUUCAAAAUUGACGACCCCGUAGGAUGUAUCGGAACACACGGAGUUGCAGGAAUCUGGGGAAUGAUUGCAGUGGGCCUGUGGGUCGAGGAGGAACCGCUGGAGGGACUUUCCCCUGUGCGUGGGCUCUUCAAAGGAGGCAGUGCGAAAUUACUUGGUGUUGAGAUUUUGGCUUGUCUGGUAAUUACUGCUUGGUCUGCCUUUACAACGUGGCUACAGCUAUUCCUUAUCGGCAAAAUCCUCCCACUCAGGUUAACGUUUGAGCAAGAGAUGAUCGGUACGUUGGCUAAUUAA